ACAUGUUUGAGUUUGUUUCUCCACUGCAGAGCCGCAGCGCUUCUCUGUGUCUUCUCCUGCAGGCUGUGAGGUUUGAUUUCAGUUUGUUUUCAAUGAUUGCGGGUCAUUGAAUUCAGUGCCGUUUUAAAUGACGCUGUGACGGAGGGAAGGAAGAGGAAUCAGGAGUUUUUUUACGCGUGAAUUAUGAGAAAAGUGGAGCUGUGAUUUUUUCUUUUGUUUUGUUUUAUUAUUUUUUUAUUACCAAUUUGACAGCUGAUAAGUCAGGAGGAGAUGGAGAACAAGGCCAUGUAUCUGAGCACGUACGAGGAGAGAGAAAACGGCUCCAUGUAUGAAGAGGCCUACGAUGGACACAACCUGUCCAAACUCAACCUGUGUGAUGAAGGUUCUGGAAAGCGUCGCAGGAAACAGGACCAGUGCUGUGGUCACCUGAACUCACUGUCGGCCAUCAAGUACGCCAUCGUCUCCCUCUACAUCCUGGUUCUCCUCACCAUCUUUGGACUCUGCCUGACAGUCUCUCGCUCCCAGGUGUCUUCUCAGCAGCAGGACGUGCUGCUGGAGAACGUGACCCGCAUGUCGGAGCACUCGCGGCUGCUCCAGCAGACGCUGGGCGAGCCGUCCACUCAGGCCGACCUGCUGGAGAACAUCUGGAAACUGGAGAACCUCUUCCAGAACCACAGUGACUGGCUGCACAGGCUGGAGAUCCUCAUCAAGAGUGUGGAAAUCGAGCUGCGGAGCGCCCAGGCUUACUCUCUCCAGUCCGAGGGCUACCUGGUGCAGCUGGACGACAGAUUGUCCUCGCUGAGCAGCUCCGCCACCAGAAAUCUCACAGGCUUGAUCACGGAGGUGACGCGGGCGUCCGCCUGGCUCCGAGACCACGACCACCUGCUCCGCGAGAACUCGGGGAAGGUGAGCGGCCUCAGAGAGAAGCUGGACGAGGUCAACUGGACGGUGGGAGCUGUCAAUCACACGUUCAGCAACGACAUCAACGUUCACAACCUGAAGAUCCAGGACUUACAGAUCCAGAUCAGCAACAUAACGGAGGACACCAGCAAUUUAUGGGUGACCCACAUCCACACGGAGGCUCAGCUGAGGAACGAGAUGGAGAUCCUCAACACGAUCACGGAGGACCUUCGUCUGAAGGACUGGGAGCACUCCAUGACCCUGAAGAACCUCACCAUAUUCGAAGGGCCUCCAGGACCAAAAGGAGAGAAAGGUGAUACUGGACCACUUGGGCCCCCUGGGGCCCCUGGGUUUACAGGCUUGAGAGGGUUCAUGGGAGAAAAAGGCAUCCAAGGCCUUCGUGGUUCAAAAGGCUCGGUCGGGGUUGAAGGUCUUCAGGGAGAAAAGGGAGAGGUCGGACCUGCCGGGCCCAAAGGUGAAAGAGGAGACCGAGGGAUGAAGGGGGAAAAAGGGGACCGAGGCGACGGAGGCGAGAAAACAGUGGAGGAGACCGUGGUGCGCUUGGUCAACGGUUCGGGUCCUCACGAAGGACGCGUGGAGGUUUUCCACGAACGCCGCUGGGGGACGGUGUGCGACGACGUCUGGGACAAAAAGGACGGAGACGUGGUGUGUAGGAUGCUGGGAUACCGAGGAGCCACAGAGGUCCAUAAGACUGGACGCUUCGGUAAAGGUACUGGUCUGAUCUGGAUGGACGACGUGGCAUGCACAGGGACUGAGGACAACAUCCACCAGUGCAAGUUUUCCGGCUGGGGCAAAACCAACUGUGGCCACGUCGAGGACGCCGGCGUAACCUGCGCCGUCUAAGACCCGCGGUGAUCCCAGAGCGUGCUGCAGCGGCGGAACAUCUUCUCAAACAAAAAGUGCCUUAAUAUUCAAAGAUGCCACACGGUGCACGACGUCCUACUGGCUGUUCUUUCUCUUAAAAAAAACAAAAAGUGACUGUUGUAGCCACAGGAGUGAAGCGUGUGGCUGUGAUGGAGACGCACAGAGCGACAAAAUUCUGCUUUUGACACUGACUGCAUAGUAAGAGUUGCUACACAGACGGAUGACCACACAACAAGACUCUUCAUCGGGACUGAAUUACAGAGCUCAUCUGUCUUCAAUGAAGGAUCAGAGGUCAGCGUUUAUACGAGCGGGGCGAGGUUGACCUCGGAGGCUGCUCUGGGUUCAGCUGCUUGUCUCCCAGUGUGGUGUCGAACUGAUGCAACAGAGAUUCCCGAUGGAAGAGACCGCGUUGCAAAGCAAAGCAAUGGCACACAAUGAAACUGAUCAACUGUGUCACUGAUGAACUGAUUUCUUUCCAUUUACAGGCAGCUGCUCCUCUCAGUAUUAUGAAACGAAGGCUUUCGCUCAGCAACAGCGCUGCUUUCUCUUAUAUUCUCUCAGUACUACGCUGUCGUCUGUGCUUUACAGCCGUGACAAAGCCGGGGUAGAGGCAUCAUAUGUUUGUCAGUGUUGAUCAAUAAUUCCACAAACAUCGUCUCAGUAUAAUAUGAAUCAAGUGAUCUCAGCGUGAACCAAACUUCUGCGGCUCUGGUUUCAGCCUCAGGGGGGAGAACUGGCCCCCGAUGAAAGAAAUUAAAAGUCUAGUUUUUAAUAAUUAUCUUCUUCCCAGAAGGCAAAUCCUUUUCUCAAGUGGCCUUCAGAAACUAGAAAGGAUUUCAUUCUUCUUCAUUUGCACAGGAAGCUUCCACCGUGGCAGCUUUGUAUCUCCAUGUCUGUGCUUUAUCUUUUACAUAAAAACAAAGAAAGCAAACAGUCUCUGUCAAUGAGUAAGAGUCACUGCGGUUGACGGAUGAAAUGAUUGUGAGGAAGAGACAACAGAUGAGUGUAAACAGAUGGAUGAUGCGUCGACGCUUGCCUUGCACAAUUUACAACACGGAGUCUGUCAGUGUCUGCGGCCCAGGGUUGGCUUGUUUCACACACACACACACUAAACCAAGCAUAGCAUACAAGCCAUUUCUUUUAAUUUUUUCAAAUUUUUUAUUCCCCUCUCAGUAGGUUUUAAUCGUUCAAGCUGAUCUCAGAUCCCACAAAGUUGGUACCUCCCAAGUGUCCUGGCUCCCUUUCACUUCUGAGCUUUAAGAGAACUCACCAAACCGCAGUUUGGAAUUAAACGCAUGCCAUAACCCUUCUCUUCACACAGCCAUGAUUUAUAUAUACCAACACUUUUAGUGCACCUUAAAUACUGGCAAACGCACAACACUAACAGUUUCCUCCCAGUGGAGCUGCAGUGGAGUUCCCUUCGCUCUUAUAAUCUGUGGUGAAGUCUGUCUGUUUAAACCAUCCCAGUUUUGGAGAACGAGACUCUGCACAGCACAGUUAUGAAUUUAACGUUUCAUGGCAUCACAUAAGGAAAUUUUCUACCUGAGUGUUUGAUGGUUCUUCCUGUUCUAAAACCACGAGUCUGCCAGAUAAAAAAGAUGAAUUAAAGAAGGAAAAGAGAGGAAAUGAGAGUCUGUGGGGGGAAAAAAAAAAGGAAAAUUAGGUGAGGAUCCAAAAACUCAACAGACCGGUGUUUCCCAACUCACAAAGGGGAAUUGUGAGUGGGUAACAAUUUAUCUUUGAGUAUUUUCCUUCCAAAGGUUGAUUGGAUAACUCCAUCAAACUGUAAUUUGUUCAACAUCCGAUGAUGAAAUGAAGUUGUGGUGCACAAAAAAAAAUCCCCACAUGUCUUUUUAUUACUUGUUUUGUUGAUGGCAACAAGCACAGUUUUUAGGCAAAACAAUGAUGAGCAUUGGCAAAUCUUUGGUUGAGCGGGAAGGGAGAUUAUUUUCUUUUUCAAAAUUAUUCGCUCGUCUUUUAAAGGUCCAGUGUGUAAAAUUUAGGUGAGAUUAUUUCAAUUAAAGUAUUUGUAAUUCAAUUUCAAUUCAAUUUUGAUCUAACUAUCAAUUGUAAGAUUAAUUGUUAUUCAUUACUCCAUUAAAUAUCAGGUUGUUUGUCAUCAUGUUUUUACAGUAGCCCACAAUGGACAAAGUAGAUAUCCACUGAGUUUUGAUGCAAACUGAAGGCAACAUAUAUGUUUUCAAAUUCUAUUUUAAAUUCGAAAUUUGUCAUGUGACAAGUUUACAUUACAAAAUCAAUGCACAGAUGCAAUACUCAUGUCAUGCUCAUCGCAUCUAUCACACAAAACGCUCGAGGUUAGAUUUUUAAAACUUGCCAGCGGCCACACUCCAUUUGGGGAAACGUCUUAUUUUUGUGUGUGGACACUCGGAGCUAUACAACACUUUAUCUCUUGUGGAAAACGUCUGCAGAGAAGAAUCCGUAGUCUUGUGUGGUUUCACAACACACGGUACGGAGCCGGACACAACUUGGCGAGUUUCACUGUUAACUUCGGGAGCUCCAUAUGGAUGAUAUGGAUGCCGCUUCCAGCGAUACUUUUGCGUGAUGAGCUCCCGAAGUUAGCGGCGAAACGCCGGCUCCCGACACAAGACGACGGUUUCUUCCCUGCAGAUGUUUUCACAACAGAGAGCGCAACGCUUUGGUGGAUGGUAAAAAGAAAAGCCCUUUACUUCUGUUUAAAAAUACGGCGACUUGCGGCCAUCGCGUCACAAAAUGUACAAAAUGUGAUGGCCACGUUUGGUGUGAACAACUCAAUUUUACACACUGUACCUUUAAACACAGGGAGAGACUUCAUCAGCAUUGUGUGUGAACUAAUUUGUCAAUGGUUUGAAUGUAAAGGACAUUUGUUUAUAUUUGAAAAAUGAUGCACUACAGCUUUAAGACCUGUGGAGUUUCCUCUUUCUUCUGCAUUAAACAGAUUAUAACAUCCUGCCACACAGGACUAUGAAGACUGGAGUAUUCUAACAGCAUAAAUGAAAUGAGAUUAUUGUUGCACAUUAUUCUUCAGACCUGACGUUGUGUUCGUUCGCAGGAGGCUUUAAUUAAAGCAGCUUCUGCUGCUAUUGGUGAUGUUGUGAUUCCCUGACUGGUCAGAAUCUGCUCCUCUGACCUCUGAGAUCAAUGCUUCAAGCCUCGCGGGGUCAAAUAUCUCAAAUACCUUUGUAAAUACGAAUCAACCCCUUUUAAGACCACUUUUCUUUUUUUUAAACCAAGUCGACUUACAUAUAAAUGAUUUUCAAGUGAUUUGUUUGAUUUAAACUGUUCUGCAUAUACACAUAUGUUUAUUUCACUGUGUUGGACAUAACAUAUUAUUUACAAUAAGGGCUACAGAGUAUACUGAGUACGGAAGAAGUACACGCUUACAUAAAACAUGAACAUUUCUAGAAAAUACACCAACUUUUUUGUACUUUUUGUACCACUAAAAUGUUAUAUAUGCACUGCUGAAAUAAUAAAACAUAGAUUUGUUUACACGUGGGAACUUUUUUAUUAGUAUUAAUGCAAUAACAACCUCUGACCUUAAACAUAUAUCUUAUCAUGAAUUAUAAACGUAGCAUAAGUAUGUGAUUAUUACGUGAUAUUAGCUUUAGGUUUUGAGACAAUGAAUAUAACUGAAUCAUAAAAAGGUGGGAAUGGGAAACGUAUGUACAGAAAUACAAUGAAAAUAAAGUGGUUUUAAUGUUGUAGAGUUGUGUUUUAGGGUUAUAGGGUUACGUUAAAGGUUAUUGGGGUUAAGCACUUAGUUGCGGUUAUGGUAAGGGGUUAGAGGUGUUUAAGGUUAUCAUGAUGACUGGGGGGGGGAGUUCAAAGGCGCUGACUGGUCACUACUCGUGACACAAACACAUUCUUACAUGUUUUUGUUCUGAUCAAAAAUAAGGUGAAUAAGGUACUUUAGUAUUUGUGGCAUUUUAAAGUUCCCAUAAUAGUCAAUUUAAUGUUUUAUUUGGUGAUGGGAUAAAGUAGUCAAUAAAUUGAGUUGUCAAUGGCCAAUUGAA